AUGAUUUCCCUGUUUGAUGGAGCUGUCACAAUUAGAAGAGACACUCGACCCCUCUCCCUAGACGAGGAGACACGUGCUCUGUACAACCGCGCCAUCACAGAGCCCGCAUCCCUAACAGACGUACAACGAAGAAGGAUCACUCAUCGCCCACCCGCAGAGGAAGAAGACGCCCUCUGUAGACAAGCAUGUGGGCUGAGCAUAAUCGAACGGGUUGCCAAAGCCAUAGCCAUAGCCAACAACGACAAUGGCAGUGAUGAUGAAAAUCUCAUCCUCACCUAUAGCGAAGCCCAUCUUCUAACAGCGGGGGUGGUGCCUGGGCAACCCGGGCGUCUCCUGUCUGAACGGGCUCGACUUAGCGAGGCAGAUCGCGAUCUGUCACAUAGAGCUGCCGCCGCCGCUGUGACUGAAGAAAUGAAAGUCGCGCGAGAGACGGCGCAGGAGGUUCAGCGGCGAUGGCGGAUUGCACAGGGCGCGGCAAUCGAGAGCCUGAAUGACGAUGAUGUUCGGAAUAUUCUCUUUGCGAUGCCGGUGCCAUGGCAGGAGCGGGUUAUUCAUUCUACCUCUACAGAUGGCUCUCCUUCUAUCUCUGGCCUGGUGGUGUUUUACGACCCUGAACGGACAGCGGAGUAUAAAAGUUCUGUUGAAAAAGCAGUUUGCAAUGGAUUACAUUAUCACCCGAUGUCCAUGGAUGACAAGGCCAUUGCAAGGUUCACUCUAUAUUGGGUGGAGUUUCCAGCUCUAGAUUCUAAUGAUGAUAAUACAGUCAAGUUGAGUGCACUGCGGAGCAAAUUCCAGACCAUGAUUGCGAAUCACGAGUUCCCUGUCGGCCUGCGAUCGGAUUGUUUCCUGUAUAUGGAUGAGGAGGGUCUACGCUCGAUUAAACCAUACCUCUGGGAAAAUUGGGGAAGAAAUACGCCCGCUCAAGGUGGACAUCAAGCAUAUCGCACCGACGCUAUUUGCCCGGCUGGUUCAGCGCGAUCUCUCGGGCGACGCGAAACGAUGGCCAUAUCGGUAUACGUCAGAGCUGACGAUGCUGCACCAGGCGGCGCGAUACUCUCGGAAUAA